AUGGAUGACCCUGCCGCUCGCAUCCCGGGGCAGCUGCUCCCCCAUAUGCACCUGAUCUCGCGCAAUCGCUACCCUAGCAUGCAUAUGAUGCCCACAGAAACGGCCGUGGAGUAUCUGACGAGCGCACCUAGAAUAUGCCAGACCCAGCCCAUGCAUUGGACCUUCUUGGAGGCUCCUCCAGAUGGCACGGUCAUGCUCACUUGGCAACCACUGGCUCACUUGGGCAACAACUUUGCUAGUGAUGGUUAUGUCUGGGCUGAUGCGGAGCAGGCCUUCACCUUUGAAGCUCGUGGCUAUACUGUCGAAAUGUAUCUCCAACGCUGCGGUCUACACCCCCCGAAUGAACCGAUGGCCACCCAUUGCCGCAAGCGCUACCGCAUCACCUCCUGCAAAGUGCCAAAUGCUCCCCAGCCUGAUCCAUCGCUAUGGAUUGUUCACUACUCUCGCGCGGCGCCUCCAGACCAUAUCCCUGGAAACCGCGUCCCAGUCACACCUCAGAUUCAGGCCACAAUGGCUCAGCGACGCUUUCUCCAAAGCCAGGGUCAAUUGGCUCGCAAGGACUUUUUGCUCCAUGACCGGAAUAACUGGCCGACUAUCAACUUCCCACAGAUGGGCCCCCAGGCCUUCGCCCAGCCCGCGGCUCCUUAUCCAGGCCAUGCGCAGCAACGGCCUGGCUUCUACCCUCAGGGCCACCCAGGUGCAAUGCCUGCUGGAGCUCCUGUAGCCAAGGGGCCUCGUGGACACCGUGCUCCAUCUGCUGCUAUGGGCGCUGCAACAGCUGACUUUGCCAUUGAGGAUGAGGAUGUGUCUAGUGGUGACACUAUGGAUCUUUUGACACCCCGGGAAGUGAGCAAGAUGCGUUACCAGCAGCACCACGAGUGGAUGGAGGAGAUCUUUGCCUCGCCAUAUGCUAUCACACAGAUUACUCCCGUCUCGCUUGGCUUGGGCCGAAAGGGAGAAUUGGAGUCUCUGACAGCCGGAUUCUUCGAUGCUCCUGUUGGAACCACUGGCGGGGAAGGCCAAGAAGCGGGUGACGGCCAGCCUGCCACCAAGAUGGAGCCUGGCAAAGCCGAAGAAUUCGCCGAGCGUGUGUCCAAAAAGGUCGCCGAUGUGACCGCCGAGAUCGAAAAGAUGAAGAAGCAGCACGCGCGCCGCAUGCAGCGUUUCAAUCGUACUUCAUUACUCAAGGAUGCAGAAAUCCGCCUUCGGGAGUCUGCCGCUGACCCUGCUGAAAGGGGCCCGGAGAUUUGGCGAUUGGAGGGACGUGUUGUGAUCCCCACGGAAGACGAAACUCCCCAGCUUGACUAUGUUGAAGACAAGGCCAAGUUCAAGGUCGACGAUAUUGUCCGUGAAGUUGAGACUGCCUGGAAAAAGCAGAUUGUGUCUGAGCCCAAGGUUUCUUGCGUUGAAAAGGGUGGCUUGCUUGAAAAGAUUGAGCCGGAGCACAAAGACGAGCCUGACUCAUUUACCAAUGACAUGGUCAUGGACCACGAUGAUACUCAUCUUCUGAACCAAUUUGGCAGUCCCGGCGUUGGUGGCGCAGGCAUGUCUAGUGUUUCUGUCAACGGGCAACCGAUUCCCGCUGGUAUUUCAACUGAUAUUGACAUGGAUUUGGGUGGCCAACUCCACGGUGCCCCCAACGGCGAAUCUAACGACUGGGUGAUGGUCAAUGAGCAGAAGGAUCACGGUCCAGUGGGUGGGGAGUUUGACUUUACCAACAUAGACAGCGCGGGUGAUGCCCUGGCAGCUUAUAGCGAACAGAACGACGGGCUGGAUCUUCCUGAUCUAGACAACUCAGCGUUCGGCGAUGCAUUCCAUGCAUCGGAUAACGAACAUUCACACAACCCUGAUGCGGAUGACAUGUCAUAG